CUCCACCAGGCCAGAGAGCGCGUCAAAGUCAUCCUUGAAUGACGCGCCUUUUGCUAAUUCACCAUUCGGUUGGAGUGCUUCAUUUUGGAUGGAAAUCUUGAGGGCCCUUAGAGAAUCUGGUAGUCCUGCAAGCUUCUCACUCAGGGCAUCGCUCUUCUUGAUGCCGCUCUGGUUCAUCGUGUCUCGUCGUGUGUGUCGUUGUCAAUGACGCUGUUUGUCAUCUGAAAUCUGCUCCUUCACUACGACCACGUCUCUGGACUCUCUUCUACCAGCAUCUGCUUAUCUGCUCAAUUAAACAUGGCCAAGAAGGACAAGGCCGCUGCUGCUGCUGCCAAGAAGCAAAGAGCUCUUGCCAAGACCCUCAAGAAAGGCAACAAAAAGACCAAAAAGUCAAAUGCUCAAGCAAAUUCCGACGACGAGGACCAAGAUAUUGAUCAGAUCCUUGCCGACUAUGCUGCUGCUCAGUCGAAAAAGAUGGAAAUCACCGAAGAAGUUUGUUUAGCACCUCCAUCUACCCGAAUCAAUGCAAGUCUGACCGUCAAUCCGCUCAAGCCUGAAGUCAUUCUCUUUGGUGGCGAGCAUUUUGAUGGCUCUUUUGCCACAUUUUACAAUGAACUUUUCAUCUACAGCGUCCAUAAGAAUGCUUGGACCAAGGUCAUUUCUGCAAACUCACCAUUGCCCCGUAGCUCGCAUCAGACUGUUGUGCACAAAACCCACAUUUGGCUCAUGGGUGGCGAGUUUUCUUCGCCAAAGCAAAAUACCUUUUACCACUACUCUGAUUUCUGGUCACUAGACUGUACGACGCGCGCAUGGAGCAAGAUUGAAUCAAAACUAUCGCCCUCGGCACGUAGCGGACAUCGUAUGGCAAGUGUGGGUAAAUAUAUUCUCUUGUUUGGUGGAUUCCAGGAUACGUCUGCAGAGACACGGUAUCUCGGCGACUUGUGGGCCUUUGAUACAGACUACUAUGAGUGGCAUGAAGUCAAACUUGCGGCGGUCAGUCAAAAACCAGAUGCACGCAGUGGCUGCACGUUUUGUGCUGCAGGAACCAGUAGGGAAGAGGCGAUCCUGUUUGGUGGAUACACAAAGAAGAAGAUCACUGGUAAGUUGUACAAGGGCGUCAUUUUAAAUGACUACUGGACCCUCAAGCUCAUUGGAGAGCCGAAUGCAGGCACUUGGGUAUGGUCUCGAAGGAAACGACCAGCAAGUCCACCAACACAACGUAUCGGUGCGUCUGCAGCCUUGCAUCGCAAUCGACUCAUCUACUUUGGUGGUGUAUUUGAUCAUCGCGAAGCGGAAGAGACACUCGAGUCAACGUUCUACAAUGACCUUUGGUGCCUCUCCAUUGAAGCGAAUCGGUGGUUUGCACUCAAGGUGAGACCACCAAGAAAAGGGCAAGUGGCAAAGAAGCCAACAGAGGAUCGCAACAAAGGACAAGCAAGGGAAGACGAGCUUGCUGCCAAUGCACGUCUCCUUGAAGCCAAGCUGGCCGGCACGACGUUGCAAGAGGAGGAACAAGACGAAACCAUGGUAGAGGAUGCAAAUGUCGCACUCCAGCAUAAACGGCUGCAAGAUGUCCCAUUGACACAAAUGAUGCCGCACCCUCGCAUGUCUGCUGCUUUGGCAGUCUCUGGUGACUUACUCUACAUUUAUGGUGGCAUUUUCGAGCAAGGCGAGAAGGAGUAUAACCUCAAUGACAUGCAUGUGAUUGAUCUGGCAAAGCUCGAUGGUGUGCGCAAGCUGUUCGGCGAAGAGGUGGCUGAGCCCAUGUCGGAGGAGGAGAGCGAGGAGGAAGACACGGAUAUGGAAGAUGAAGAGGAAGAAGCUCCCAAAAGCGUCUUCUUUGAGAAUAUACCUGAUGAGAAACCGGAGGAGGAAGUGCCUGAUGAUGACGGAGAUGCGCCUAUUGACCCUCGACCGAUGCCAAGACCAUUUGAGGAUUUGCGACCUUACUUUAUGCGCACAGCCGAAGCGUGGCAGGUGUAUUUGCUACCAUGGAACCAGACCUGCUCACCCAAGGAAUUACGUACCAAGGCCUUUAUCCGUGCAGAGGACUACUGGUGGGUUGUACGCGAGGAGAUUCGGGCAUUGGAGGAUACGAUGGAAGAUUCUGGUAUCGGCGAGGUGAUUGAGACUGCAGAAGCGAAUGCAGGCAAGAAAGGAGUGGUUGGACAGCGGCGAUGAGAUGAUACACGACUAUAUAGUAGUAAGAAUGCUAAAAUUGACGCCUUUU